CGAAGGCAGACGCUUAACGACUGAGCCACCCAGGCGCCCCCAUCCUUCCCCAUUCUUCCACCCACCAGCACCUCCCCAUUUCCCUUCCUCUCCCAGCCUGGGCCCCAUACUCUGGGUUCCCAAGGAACCCUCAGCAAACCUCCUUUAUAACCUUUUCCACACUUGAUUGAUUCUGCCUGUUACUUUUAUGUCUCUCCCAUGAAGGUAUGGGCUUCCAAGGCAAGGACCUGCUUCUUCAUUAGGGUCCUCAGUGCCUGCCACUGUGCCUGCACCUGGUAGAUGCUCAAUAAAUAUGUGCUGAAUGAACAGCAGACUCUGUUUGGAAGUUUUACUGCCCUUUAAACCUUUAUUUGUAUUCCUCAAGGAGCACCCAGCUCCAGCUUCCCCUGGCCCAUACAUACACCUGGACACUUCUCCAUACUUUAAGGCGGAGAGGAUUUUUUUUUUUUUAGCACUUUUCAUUAGCAGUAAAGAAAACCUGUCUGGAAAGUCUCAGCCCUCAACCUACCUGUCCCUACACCUUCUAUAUGCCCAGACUAAUAAGGCCUCAAGUAUCCUGGCAUGAGCCACAUCCUCUCACCUUUGUCCCAUGCCUUCUAGCUUCAGGUGCUGCUCCAAGCCUGGACAGUUACUUCAGGUCAGGUUGUUGUUCCCUCUGUGCCCCCUUCUGCACACGCUCUUCUGUGCCUUCUGGAAUCAUCCUCGUUGCUGGCAUCAAAUGCCCUCUGUCGAGCCAUUUGUUGCCUGCACUGUUAGGGCUUAAGGGAAUGAAUAAAGAGAACUGUGCUGUCUGCCUGUCCCUGCUGUGUAGGGGCUCCCAAGUCUAAGACACCCUUCACCUGGACACAUAGAGUGAGCAAAAACACAGAUGGAUGGCAUGUUCUGUAAGGGGUUCCAAAGCAGCAGCCUGCCCAGCCCACAGCCUGGAUCCCCAGCCCUGCUCCUGGGACAGGUACCUGAAGGAAUUCCGCACGGAGCAGUGCCCACUCUUUGUGCAACACAAAUGCACUCAGCACCGGCCCUACACCUGCUUCCACUGGCACUUCGUGAACCAGAGACGUCGCCGGUCCAUCCGCCGUCGGGACGGCACCUUCAACUACAGCCCGGACGUCUACUGCACCAAGUACGACGAGGCCACAGGCCUCUGCCCAGAGGGCGACGAGUGCCCGUUCCUACACAGGACCACAGGGGACACUGAGCGCAGAUACCAUCUGCGCUACUACAAGACUGGAAUCUGUAUCCACGAGACAGACUCAAAAGGCAACUGCACCAAAAACGGCCUGCACUGUGCUUUUGCCCACGGGCCCCAUGACCUCCGUUCCCCUGUCUACGACAUCAGAGAGCUCCAGGCCAUGGAGGCCUUGCAGAACGGCCAGACCACAGUAGAGGGCAGCAUAGAGGGCCAGACGGCUGGGGCUGCUAGCCACGCCAUGAUAGAAAAGAUCCUCAGUGAGGAGCCACGGUGGCAAGAGACUGCUUAUGUGCUGGGGAACUAUAAGACGGAGCCGUGCAAGAAGCCCCCGAGGUUGUGCCGCCAGGGUUAUGCCUGUCCCUACUACCACAACAGCAAGGACCGGCGGCGGAGCCCCCGGAAACACAAAUACAGGUCAUCUCCGUGUCCGAACGUGAAGCAUGGGGAUGAGUGGGGAGACCCUGGCAAGUGCGAGAGCGGCGACGCCUGCCAGUAUUGCCAUAGCCGUACGGAGCAGCAGUUCCACCCGGAGAUCUAUAAAUCCACCAAGUGCAACGACAUGCAGCAGUCGGGCAGCUGUCCCCGAGGACCUUUCUGCGCCUUCGCCCACGUAGAACGUAUGCUGUGCCCAUUGGCCUCUCCUCCCUCUCUUCCCCUCACCCUCUGCUCAGGUUCAGUCAGAGGAGUGGCCUCUCAUCUGCUGGCCCACAGCGGGCUCUGUCCUCACUGGAAAUUCUGGGCCCCCCUGCACAAACCCCCUGGAAAUGGCCUCAAACCCUGGAGCUUCCAAGGUCGUGAGAUAGAGAGCAGGACCGGGCCCCUAGUCAGGCACUCACAGUCCCAGGCAGGGUGAGGUGCCCUCACGGAGCCAACUAGGCAGAUCUCAGCAGCUACUCCAUGCCACAUCCAUGGCAGACGUCACUAAUGAAACAUUGGCGCUCCGUCCUGCUGAGAGCAGAGCUGUCCAGUGAAAAUAUACCGCA